CGACGCCAUAAUACCAAAGCGCGAAAUACCAAACCUCCUAAAAGACACUGAAUUAUUAAAAUGUGAACUGCUAACAACCUUCUAGGUUCUGAAACAACCCUUUCCAAUGAUUUGCCCAAAUUACCAAAGUUUGGCAUUUCGACGCCUUUUGGUAGGUUUGGUAUUAUAGCGUGCUGGCGCCCCAAACUAAUAAUUUGUUGUUUAAGGAAAAGAAAAAUGGCUCUAAUUUAUCCAAAAGAUUUGUGUCAAUUACUUUUGGAAUGUGAUAAAUGUACUUUUUCAAUGAUUGAUUUUACACAACCCGUUUAUGAAGAUGAGACAAUGUAUCGCUAUGUUAAUGUUUCGAAGGAAAAAGGAUUUGAAGAAGAUGAACAAAAUGACAGAAAAAAAGCUGUAAAAAUGUAUUGUAAUAGAUGUGGUGAUUUUGUUAUGGAAUUUAUUAGUGAAGUAGAUGUUACUAAAGAUAUAUUGGAUGGAAUUCACGUGUUGAUGUAUCAUCCAUUUACAGCCUGGAAUCUUUCAAAGACAAGAUUUUCGAAAAAAUAUCCUUUUAUGGACUUGAAGUCAAGGUAAUAUUUUUAUUUGAGAAUGGGGAGGGGUGGGAGGGUAUUAUAUCUAGGCUCACAAGGGAACAAUCGGUUACUUUGCUCAUUUACUCUAAUUUUCUGACUAGCGGUCCGACGUUGAAUGGCAAGAAUAACUCGACCCAAAGUCAUCUGGCAAGGGAUAUCACUUUGUGAUAGGAAAUCGGGGGUUCGAAUGCUC